GCAAGGCAGGCAGAACACACACAACACUCAGCAACACUUCCAGACGUUCUUUCUUGUCCUGCAGCACAAUGAAGAUUUGGUUGCUCCUCUUUCUGGUUGCGGUGGCCAGUGCCAAGGUGUUCGACAGAUGCGAGCUGGCAAGAACGCUGAAAGCAGCUGGAAUGUCCGGCUUCAAAGGUGUCAGUCUGGCUAACUGGGUUUGCACGGCUUACGCGGAGUCCCGCUACAACACUCAGAUCACCAACAAAAACACUGACGGCUCAACGGACUAUGGCAUUUUCCAGAUCAACAAUCGCUGGUGGUGCUCUGAUGGCCAGUUCCCCAGCCACAACGGCUGUCGAAUCUCCUGCAAGCUACUGACUGAUAACAUCUCUGCAGCCAUCCAGUGUGCCAAGACCAUAGUGAGUCAGCAGGGCAUCUCAGCAUGGGUGGGGUGGCGUAAUAAAUGUAAGAACCAAGAUGUGAGCCGGUACAUCGCAGGUUGUGGAGUUUAAAUGAACUGAAUGAGCAGGGAAUGAUGGACUGCAAGCUGAAUUAACUGCAUCUUGUGAAUACUGUACCACUUUUCUAGCACAUAGUUUCAUAUUUUUCUUUUCCAUAAAAUAUUAAAAGCACUUGUGCUGUAUUACUGCUUAACUCAAAGCAGGUAAGCUGAACACAAUAUCAGUUUUUAAUUUGGUAAACAUCCAUAAAAUCUUUUAAGAAGAAAACAUGCUGCAAAUAGCAAAGGGGAAAUACAUGAUUGUAGUGCUGUAAUGUUAGUAAUCAUUAUCAAGAUUUGUGUAUAUCAACAUGAGAAAAGCAUGAAAUAAAUAGCUAGAAAAUGCAAA